CGGGAGUUUUGAUGUGGGCGUGACUCCGAGUAGCUUCGGCUAGCUAAUGCUAGAGGAGAAUCGAUCCUGGGAAUUAUACCAAACGAAACCAAAUCGAUUAAAGAAAACAGGGAGAGGACAAUACUUUGCAGCAGGAGGUUUACCUGCAACCCUUAAAAGGCCCAAUGGCUACCGACAUGCCCACGGACACGGUGCCGUCUCCUCACCCUGCACCAGCCUUACCCCCUGACACCGCCCCAGCCUCCCCUCCUGCUGUCAGCUCCAGUGCAACCCAAGAUCCGUUUUCGACCCAGAAUUCAGCAAUAGCUGAAAACGCUGAAACAGCGGUGACCUCAGAACAAGAUGCUGCUCCAGUUCCCACCCCGGCCCAGCCUACAGACCCAGAUGUGGCCCCAGGUUCUGAGCUGCCCUCGGUCUCUCUGCUGCCACCCCCACCGCCUCCAGUCAGCGCCAAGAACCCCAGCUGCAAGAUCAUGACCUUUCGGCCCACCAUGGAAGAAUUCAAAGACUUUGCCAAAUACAUUGUCUACAUGGAGAAUCAAGGAGCUCACCGUGCUGGCCUGGCAAAGGUGAUUCCCCCAGAGGGCUGGAAGCCGCGGAAGUCCUACGACACCAUUGAGGACAUGGUUAUUCCAGCUCCCAUCACGCAGGUGGUGACUGGACAGUCAGGUCUGUUCACUCAGUACAACAUCCAGAAGAAGUCUAUGACGGUGGGCGAGUACCGCAAGAUGGCGAACAGCAAGAAGUACUGCACACCCCAGCACAAAGACUUUGAUGACCUAGAGAGGAAGUACUGGAAGAACCUAACAUUUGUGUCACCCAUUUAUGGUGCAGAUGUCAGUGGCUCCAUCUAUGAUGAGGACAUUCAAGAGUGGAACAUUGGCCAUCUCAACACCCUGCUGGAUAUGGUGGAGCAGGAAUGUGGCAUAGUCAUUGAGGGUGUCAACACUCCUUACCUGUACUUUGGCAUGUGGAAGACCACAUUUGCCUGGCACACAGAGGACAUGGACCUCUACAGCAUCAACUACCUGCACUUUGGACAGCCAAAGUCCUGGUAUUCCGUCCCACCUGAGCACGGCAAAAGGCUGGAGAGGCUGGCACAAGGCUUCUUCCCGGGCAGCUCCCAAGGCUGUGACGCUUUCCUUCGCCACAAGAUGACGCUGAUAUCUCCAUCCAUCCUGAAGAAAUAUGGCAUUCCCUUUGACAGGAUAACUCAGAAUGAAGGGGAGUUUAUGAUCACCUUUCCUUAUGGCUACCACGCUGGCUUCAACCAUGGCUUCAACUGCGCAGAGUCCACAAACUUUGCCACCCUGCGCUGGGUGGACUACGGCAAGAUGGCUACCCAGUGUACCUGUCGUAAGGACAUGGUGAAGAUCUCCAUGGACGUGUUUGUGCGCUGCCUGCAGCCGGAUCGCUACGAGCUAUGGAAACAGGGAAAAGACAUCACGAUGUUGGACCACCUUAAGGCCACUGAGCUCAGCAGUCCUGAACUAGAGACCUGGAGGCAGCAGCGUGUAACCCACCGAGCAAACCUCCUGCGAAGGGCCAUGCAGAAGAUGAAGCAGUUUCGUCGUCUAAAGCUGGAGGAGGUGAAGGUGCUAGCAGAGGAUGGCAUUGAGCUUAAUGCUGCCGAGUACCAACGACAGGUGGAGGAGCGUGAGGCUCAACGGAGGCAGGAGAGAGAGGAACGUUUAGCCCGAGAGGCCAUGAUGACCCUGGAGGCCAUGGAGCGCGAGGAGCAGGAAGCCGCCGAGGCUGCUGCUAAAGCAGCAGAGACUCCAACUGUAGAGGCUCAAAAACCUGAGGCCAAACCACAGAAUUUGACAGAGGACAUGGAGAAAAAGAAGCAGAAAAAGCCGAAGAAGUCAAAUAUCCACAGCGCCAUCACUGGGUUUGAGCAAGCGUUUGAGCAGUUUGCUACAUCCGGCAUCAAGAAUUCAAAAACGGCCAUGGUCAGUCAUCCAGGGAGCUCUCUUACCCCAAGACAGAGUGACGUCCCAGCAGUGGAUGUGAGUGCCACCCAGCCAUCCUACUCCAAGAUGAAGAUGCCAACAGAAGUAAAAAAGAGUCGCCGUCACCCCCUCAGCAAGCCGCCCAUGCGCUCCCCUCUGUCCAUCGUCAAGCAAGAACCAACAAGCGACCAAGAGCUGUCCUCACCCAUGCCGCUGGACAGCAGCAUGAAGAAACAAGAGCACCUGUGGCAGAAUCACUCUCCCAACUUCCUGGCAGAGAAGGCCUUCAAUUCUGCAGUGGCAGCACUCAAACCACACUGUGCUAUCUGUUCACUCUUCUGUCCCUACACAAAGCAAAACAAAGACGUCUUAAUUGUGAAUGAAACCAAUCGCACCUCCUUUCCCCGUCAUGGCAGUCGGACUAGUCCACUGGUCCCAGAGAUGUGCUUCAGCGCAGGCAACACUGAGCCUUCACCCACCAACCAUCACAUUGGAGAGGAUGGGACCAGUCUUCUGCUCUGCUGUUCAUCUUGCCAGAUGCAGGUUCAUGCCAGUUGCUACGGUGUAAAGCCAGAUUCUGUCGGUGAAUCCUGGAUGUGUUCCAGGUGUGAAGCAGGAGCCUGGACAGUGGAGUGUUGUCUCUGUAAUUUGCGUGGUGGUGCUUUGAAGACUACCACAGACAACCGGUGGGUCCAUGUCAUCUGUGCCAUCGCUGUGGCUGAAGCUCGCUUCAUCAACGCCAUUGAGAGGGAGCCAGUGGAUGUCAGUGCUGUUCCUGAAACACGCAAAAAUCUGAAGUGUGUGUUCUGCCACGGCCAGAAUGCCAGUCAGAACCGCGGCGCCUGUAUACAGUGCUCAUACGAGAACUGCGCCACCUCCUUCCAUGUCACCUGUGCCCAAAUCGCUGGAGUAGUCAUGAUGCCGGCCGACUGGCCCUACGUGGUGUCCGUCACUUGCCACAAGCAUAAAAGGGCCACUCCAAAGUCUCGGACAGCGCCCAAAGUCCCACAGAGCCUGAACCUUGGCCAGAGAGGGAUUGGCCGCAACAGUGAUGGCUGGUACCACCACUGUACCAUCAUCGGCAUGGCAACGCAGACUUUCUAUGAGGUCAACUUUGAAGAUGGCUCAUAUUGUGACAACCUGCACCCAGAAAACAUACUAAGUCAUGACUGCCUGCGUACCGGUCCUCCUGAGGUGGGGGAGUUGCUUGUGGUCCACAUGCCCACAGGUCAGGUCCUCAGCGCUUCCUUUGUCAGACAGCACACCCACAAGUUCUACCAGGUUGAGUUUCAUGACCACAGUCAGCUGAUGCUAAAACAGUCAGAGAUCUAUCAGCUCGACCAGGAACUGCCCAAAAGGGUCCGAACCAGACUGGCCAUUCCUGUCCCAACGGAGGUAUUUUCUUCAGGAGAUGAAGCCCAAGCAGCCAAACGCCGCUGCCUGACCUCAGGCUUAGGCCCUUCCGCUCAAACCCCCAUGGAGACUGCCAGUAAGCCCGUCUGCCCCCUUACUACAGCCCCGGUAGCAGCACCAGCAGCAAAACAUCACAGUGUUAGUACACCGCUGACCUCACAACCUCUGCCCCAGGCCACCACGACCCCACAGGAGGCCCCGGCCACAACCAGUGGCAUUCAGAUGGUCACUGAGAUCCCAAUGGACACAAGUGCCGACCUCACCAACGUUCUAAUGGCGUCAACCGUGGCCUCAGACCCCACGCUGAUUCCACAGACAACCCCUUUUCAGUCAUUGAACUCUGACCCCCUCCUGUCUGCCGUUUCCCCUCCCCAGCCGCCACAGCACAUGUCCGACAGCUACAUGCCGAGCAGUGGCUACGUUUCCUACAUGGAGACCCUUCUCCAUUCACAUUUCCCUCAGGACGAUGGACCCGGACCCCUGUAUUAAAAACCAACUCCACUAUAUUAUUAUUAUUCCUUGGCCAGUGGAGGCUGAGCCAAUAGGAAGUAAGCUAAUGGAGGUGGAUUCUACUGAGUGCUGUAUUAAUGGACAAAAAAACAUUUCCUUCAUCGGCUCUGAGAGCUCAGGGCGGGAAAAGGAACAGACACAGACACACAAGCACUCUUUUAAUGCAUGUUACUUUUCUAUUUUUGAGUUAAUGUAUUUGCAGUGGUGCUUUAGCCUACUCUGAAGCAGCAGCUAAAAAGGACGAGGGUUUUUUAAUUUGUAAAAUUAUUAUGUUGUUUUUUUUGGGUGGGGGGUUUUGGCCUUUUUGCUCUUUCUUGUUUUUGUUCAGCUGCUGUGCUUUUCUCCUUCAUCGUAAUAGAAAUACGUCUCUGGGUGGCAUCAACUCCAUACCUCGUUGCAUUAAUUCAAUGACAGCACACUCCCUUUUUCUUUGUACAGGAAGCUAAUUACAAUGACUGCCUCUCAGCAUUGAGGCCCUGUUUCACUUAUUGUUUCUUUUUUAAAUAAAAUAACCAGCAACAAAAUUCUAUUUUUCAAUCCAGCCACUCUUGGCUUUGAACUGGUGAAACUAAAGACUCAAGUAAUAAUGUCACAUUGUCCAUCUACAGGAUAAUUUCAGUAAGGUGUUUAUUAUCAGAUUGCAAGAGGUAAAUGGGGAGAUGGGGUAAAAAAAAUAAUGUAUUGUGGGGGGAAUCCAGUAUUUAAAUGUCUUAGUCAAAUAUUGAAAUAAUUAUUUGUAAUAGAAGAAACCUGUUGAAUGCAACACUAGUAGAUGUGUCUGCAGGAUGCAUUGAAUUUUUGUGAAGAUGUGUCACAGUAGUUGACAGGUGAGACCUUUAUGUAUUGACGUCACUCAUAUGGUCAUUUUUGGCGGCUCCACUUUUCACACCCAAAACUAUCUCAGGGUUCCUACAUGUGGAAAAUAAAUUCCGUUUUAACAUCCAAGUCUUCACACCGUUAAGGAAAUACAGAACAGCCCAGAAAACUGCCUCAAAAUAUUCCUCAGUCAUGAUUGGCGCGUGAAUAUGUUGCUUAUAUUGUCAUUUUUGCUCCUGUUAACAGUUUGUCUGCUACUCUUUACUUUCACAUAUUUCUCCUAUUGACACAUGAAGUGGUCAAAUGUAUGAAGUCCCAAAGUCUCUUAAAAGGAUGAAAGUCUGGAAAAUGUCUGAUAUUUGGAAAUAGAAAAAUACGUAGGAACCCUAAAAUCUGGAAAUAUUUUGUACCAUUCUUGGUUUCAAGUGUGUAUGAAUCAAUAUUGUAUAUUAAUAACGUGUUUUUUCUAUCAAUGUAUCCUUUCUAUGUUAAUUUUCUGAAUUGGAUUCACAAGCUUGGCAAAUCUAAAAUAUUAAUAAUUUUAUUUUGACAGAUUGCCACAGGUUACUCCGUUUUACUACUCAGUUUGUACUGGUACAUCUUUUUUUUUUUUUCCCAGAUGUGGUCAUUUUUUGCUACAUAGGUGCUACAGAAACAUUAAACUACUGAUGGACUGAGUUUCCCCAACACUGUCACCUUGUACAUACCGCAGGCCUUGUGUAUUGUGAAUCAAAUUUGUACACAUACCUUUCUUUUCCUUCCCCCACCCUGAAAUUUGGAGCACACCUGUGAUAUCCGUCAUGAAAAUCUUGUUUCAUAGGGAUUAAAGUGGGUUGCUAGUCGCCAA